CAGCUUAUGCUGAUCGUGAGAGCUUGAGGGGCGUGCGCGCGCGCGCGCCCUCCCCCUGUUGCGCGCGCGGUGUCACCUUGGGCGCGAGCGUGGCCGCGCGCGCACGGGACUCGGAGCCGGGGGCCAUUGAGUGGCGAUGGCGGCGACGGCGAGUCCCGGGGCUGGUGGGAUGGACGCGAAGGCCCGCACCUCCCCUAAGUCCGUCAAGUUCCUGUUUGGGGGCCUGGCCGGGAUGGGAGCUACAGUUUUUGUGCAACCCCUGGACCUGGUGAAGAAUCGGAUGCAGCUGAGUGGGGAAGGAGCCAAGACACGAGAAUACAAAACCAGCUUCCAUGCCCUCACCAGCAUCCUGAGGGCAGAAGGACUGAGGGGCAUUUACACUGGGCUGUCAGCUGGCCUGCUGCGCCAGGCUACCUACACCACUACUCGCCUUGGCAUCUAUACCGUGCUGUUUGAGCGCCUGACUGGGGCUGAUGGUACACCCCCAGGCUUUCUGCUGAAGGCUGUGAUUGGCAUGACUGCAGGUGCAACUGGUGCCUUUGUGGGAACACCAGCUGAGGUGGCUCUUAUUCGCAUGACUGCCGAUGGCCGGCUUCCAGCUGACCAGCGCCGUGGCUACAAAAAUGUGUUUAAUGCCCUGAUUCGAAUUGUCCGGGAGGAGGGGGUUCUCACACUAUGGAGGGGCUGCAUCCCUACCAUGGCUCGGGCUGUUGUUGUCAAUGCUGCUCAGCUUGCCUCCUACUCCCAAUCCAAGCAGUUCUUACUGGACUCAGGCUACUUCUCUGACAACAUCCUGUGCCAUUUCUGUGCCAGCAUGAUCAGCGGCCUGGUCACCACUGCUGCCUCCAUGCCAGUGGACAUUGUCAAGACCCGGAUCCAGAACAUGCGAAUGAUUGAUGGGAAGCCAGAAUACAAGAAUGGACUGGAUGUGCUGGUGAAGGUCGUCCGCUACGAGGGCUUCUUCAGCCUGUGGAAGGGCUUUACACCGUACUAUGCCCGCCUGGGCCCCCACACCGUCCUCACCUUCAUCUUCUUGGAGCAGAUGAACAAAGCGUACAAGCGUCUCUUCCUCAGUGGCUGAGGCGGGCGAGGGGCCUGGAGCCGGUGUGCUGGGGCUCCCACUCGCCCGCUGCUCCUGCAGUCAGUGCACCCCCGGGGGGCCUGGACUCUGCUGCCGGGGCCCCUCUAUUUAUUUUCCCUCCACAGUGUGGUGCCCCCUCUGCGGUAAAGGACUGGUCUGUCCCACCCCUGCUCCAGCUUGCCCUGCUUGUCCUGAUCCUCAUGACCUCUCUGUCCCUGCCGGUGCCUUGGGGGGAGUUGGGAGACUCCCUGAGGAUUUCUGGCCUCCUCUUGGGUGUUAGUUUCAGGACACAUAGGACAGCAAAAGAUCCGCCCCUUCUCAGUGGGGAAACCGAGGCAGAGCCGAGGGGACAGGAGAGAGCAGAAGCUGUCAAGAUGGUCAAAGGGUCUGCAGGGGGAGGACGUGGCCCUCCCUGCACCUCACUGAGGACGUAAUCAAUAAAUUGGAUUGAUGACACCA